CAAUGGUCAAUGGUCAAUGGUCAAUGGUCAUAAGAUCCCUUUACAAGCGGGAAGCUGAGUCCUAACUCUCCAAAGCUCAUAAUCCUCCUACGGUGGUAACACCUUUUCCCUUCAAAGAUCCAUACCCGUCCUCCUCUUCCCUAUUCAGGAAAUUCCCAUUCAAGUGGAGUUGGUAAGCAUUUUGAAGUUUAGCUGCAAUCCUAUUUUACAAACUUUACCAAUCUGGUAUUGCUUUGAUGGCGUCGAGGCGCAAUGUGAAUUAUUCUCGCCUUGCCACUGAUGAGGAUGAUGGAGAUUACAACUACAGCGAUGGUAACUUUGUAAAGGGAAGACAAUAUGAUCCUCGGUUUGAUUACACACCGAAAUCUCUAGAUAAAGUUCCAUGGAAAUCAAUACUUCUUGCAUUAUUCCUUCUCAUCCUUGGUUCACUCCUUCUCUUUUUGUCUUUUUUCAUUCUCUCUGGUCAUAUGGGAGGUGAGCGGUCUCAGGCAUACGGUCUCCUUGCUCUCGGAAUUCUUACCUUCCUUCCAGGGUUUUACGAGACUCGGAUUGCAUAUUAUUCAUGGAGAGGUGCUACAGGAUAUCGGUUUGCAGCCAUUCCCGAUUAUUGAGAUUUAUCCUUGGAAGAUUUGCAUCUAUAUCCAUUUGGUUUUGUCUAAUUCUGUUUGUUGAUGCUAUUAUAGUGCUUGCUGUGUAAAGUUCAUUUAGGAUUUUUGUACCAACACUAACAUCCAGUUGCUGAUUUAUGCUUUGACGAUCAUUUUAUUUGGUGUAUUUAAAAUGAACACUCCUUUUAACGGAUUCAUCUCUAAAGUUUAUGUAAUUUGAGUUGUGUCUAAUAAGGGCACUGACAAGAA